AUGUUGGCCCGAGCAGCUCGACAGCAACGUGCAUACGUCUUCACGGGUUAUCGCGCUGCUGUCACUAAAAGUGGCUUUGGCUUGAGUGGCGGUCGGUACCAAACGCUGGUGAAGCCAUUGGUGGCUGCUCCACCGCGCAAGUCUGCGUCCUUGGGGUCACGUCUCGGUCUUGCGACGACCGAGACGAACAAACGGGCGCUCAUUUAUUCCACGAAAGCUCGGAAGUUUGCAGCCUCGACGGCCACAAUUGAGAAUGUGGUGGCCAACCGCCCGAUUGCAUACUGGAUCUUUGGCACAGCGGCGCUGGUCGGCGGCAUGAUUGCUGUUGGUGGUGCAACACGUCUGACGAGGUCUGGGUUGUCCAUGGUGCAAUGGAAGCCACAGGGAAGCCUGCCGCCCCUGUCUCCGGACGAAUGGGAAGCGCAGUUUGCUAUUUACAAGCAGUUCCCGGAGUAUCAGCAGCGCCAGAAUAUGACGGUGGAAGAGUUCAAGCGUAUAUUCUGGUGGGAGUACGGUCACCGAAUGCUUGGCCGAACAGUGGGUCUCGUCUACACUGUCCCGCUGGUUUACUUUAUGCUCCGCAAGAAACUGCCAAGAGAGCUGUACAAGCGCUUUGGUGCUCUGUUUACGCUGGGUGCAACGCAGGGACUCGUAGGCUGGUGGAUGGUACGCAGUGGGCUGGAGGACCAUGGGAAGGAGCAGCUGGAGAUGCGCAAUGAAGUGCGCGUCAGCCCAUACCGUCUUGCCACGCACUUGGCGUUUGCAUUCACGACGUUGGGCGUUCUCUUGUGGACGGGCUUUACGCUUGUAGCCCCUCCGUCGCACGUAGCAAUGACGCGUGAGAUCAUCUCGCCCGACGUGCUGAAGCAAGUGACGCGCAUUCGCAAGAACCUGGGUCGUGUCUCUACUGUUCUCGGCUACACGAUCAUCUCGGGGGCGUUUGUCGCAGGCAUUGAUGCCGGGAUGGCUUACAAUACUUUUCCAAAGAUGGACGGCCAGUGGAUCCCGGACGACGUGUUUGUGAUGGAGCCCAAGUACAGGAAUUUUUUCGAGAACGUGCCACUCGUGCAGCUCGACCACCGCAUCCUCGCACUGAGCACGCUCGCAGGCUUUACUGCUGUGUACGCAAUGGCGCGUCGCCAGCACAUUUGGAACCAACUGCCGCCACAGUCGCGUCACGCACUCAACAUGGCCCUCGCUGCAGUCAGCGGUCAAGUGUUACUGGGCAUCACGACGCUGGUCAACUGCGUGCCAAUCCCGCUUGCUAUCUCGCACCAAUGCGGUGCGAUUGUGCUGCUCACAGCCACGUUGUGGUCCCAGCACACGCUCAGUUUUGCCAAGCCACUCAAGAAAGCUGCAACAGCUGCACUGAAAGCUGCGCCAAAGCCGCUUGUGUAA